UUCCCUUUUCGUCAUUUAAAAAAGACAAAAUUUUCACAAUUUAAUUUAAAUUAAAUAAAAAAAUUCAUACAAUUUCCUCAAUAUGUUUAACGGGUUUUGUAGUGCUCUUAGAACAACAAUUCUGAAUGUGCUUUUGCCUCGGCGCAAUGCAUUCCUGUACAUGAUACGUCGCAAUAGGAACUUUGCCAAUCUCGAUUCCCCCUUGAGAAAGAUCGUGGCAGCUUGCCCACCUUCGACUCUCCUCGUCAGGAAUUGCAGACAUUUUUUAGUGCCACUCGUAUUCGUUAAUCAGAAUUUGUCAUCGCUCACGUUACAACUGCGCAACUUUCAUAAUGACAUGAAGGUACCGGAUUUCUCAGACUAUCGUCGGCAAACGGAAAACCCGGAUGACCCAAAAGAUAAUUGUGCUGAACAGCGAAAAACCUUUUCAUAUGCGAUCGUUGCGGCCGGCGCCAUUGGCAGUUGCUAUGCAGCCAAAGGUUUGGUACACGCCUUCGUCCGCUCAAUGAGCGCAACCGCCGAUGUGUUGGCUAUGGCAAAGAUUGAGAUCAAAUUGAAAGACAUACCCGAGGGCAAGUCAGUGACAUUCAAAUGGCGUGGCAAACCGUUAUUCAUACGGCAUCGUACGGAAGCUGAAAUCGAAGGUGUGCGUUCAGUGAAUAUAUCGACUUUACGCGACCCAGAAUCGGAUGACAAACGUGUCAAAGAUCCGCGUUGGUUGGUGGUAAUCGGUGUCUGCACACAUUUGGGUUGUGUGCCAAUUGCCAAUGCUGGUGAUUUCGGCGGUUACUACUGCCCAUGUCAUGGCUCACAUUUCGAUGCGUCGGGACGUGUACGUAAAGGACCUGCCCCGCUCAAUUUGGCAGUGCCCAAUUAUGAAUUUCCCGAUGAAGAAACAUUGCUGGUAGGUUGAUGCGUAAAAGCGCGGGAUAUGGGGAAAAUCAUAAAUAGAAUUGAAAUGCAAUGAAACUAAAAUAGAUAUAAUUAUAUGGACCUGAAUACCCAAUAAAAUGGUAGAGAAGCA